AUGGGCCAGGAAGAUCUCCUGGAGGAGGGGGACCUGGCCAAGAAGAAGAUCUACCCCACCAUCUGGUGGCUGUUCCGGGAUGGCCUUUUGCCCGAAGAUACCUACAUCGUGGGCUACGCCCGCUCCCGCCUCACAGUGGCUGACAUCCGCAAGCAGAGCGAGCCCUUCUUCAAAGCUACCCCGGAGGAGAAGUCCAAGCUGGAGGAGUUCUUUGCCCGCAACUCCUACGUGGCUGGCCAGUAUGAUGACGCUGCCUCCUACGAGCGCCUCAACAGCCACAUAAAUGCCCUUCACCAGGGCACACAGACCAACCGCCUCUUCUACCUGGCCUUGCCCCCAACUGUCUACGAGGCUGUCACCAAAAACAUCCACGAGACCUGCAUGAGCCAUACAGGUUGGAACCGCAUCAUCGUGGAGAAGCCCUUUGGGAGGGACCUGCAGAGCUCCGACCGACUGUCCAACCACAUCUCUUCCCUGUUCCGUGAGGACCAAAUCUACCGCAUCGACCACUACCUGGGCAAAGAGAUGGUCCAGAACCUCAUGGUGCUGAGGUUUGCCAACAGGAUCUUCGGGCCCAUUUGGAAUCGGGACAACAUCGCCUGCGUCAUCCUCACCUUCAAAGAGCCCUUUGGCACUGAGGGUCGUGGGGGCUACUUUGAUGAAUUUGGGAUCAUCCGGGACGUGAUGCAGAACCACCUCCUGCAGAUGCUGUGUCUGGUGGCCAUGGAGAAGCCUGCCUCCACCGACUCGGAUGACGUGCGUGAUGAGAAGGUCAAGGUGUUGAAAUGUAUCUCAGAGGUGCAGGCGAGCAACGUGGUCCUGGGCCAGUAUGUGGGGAACCCCAACGGAGAGGGGGAGGCCACCAAAGGGUACCUGGACGACCCCACGGUACCCCGUGGGUCCACCACGGCCACCUUUGCGGCCGCCGUCCUCUACGUGGAGAACGAGCGCUGGGACGGGGUGCCCUUCAUCCUGCGCUGUGGCAAAGCCCUGAACGAGCGCAAGGCCGAGGUGCGCCUACAGUUCCGUGACGUGGCCGGGGACAUCUUCCGGCAGCAGUGCAAGCGCAACGAGCUGGUGAUCCGUGUGCAGCCCAACGAGGCCGUGUACACCAAGAUGAUGACCAAGAAGCCCGGCAUGUUCUUCAACCCCGAGGAGUCGGAGCUUGACCUGACCUAUGGCAACCGAUACAAGAACGUGAAGCUCCCUGACGCCUACGAGCGCCUCAUCCUGGAUGUCUUUUGCGGGAGCCAGAUGCACUUCGUACGCAGGUGA